AUGGCGACUGAAAGCUCGGAAUCGACGAGUAGCAGCGCAACCGUUUCGGAAUUUAUCUACACUCCAUUUUACUGUGAGGAGAACAUAUAUUUUCUAUGCAAGAAACUCUGCGAAAAUGGUAGGGCAAAUGCUGAUGGAUCUGAUUUGUUUGUUGUGUUCAUCUCCAAUGAAAAGAAGGCGGCAGGGUCCUUAAGGAAUUCCUUUAUGGAGUUUGAUUUACUGAUUGGGGGCGAACCUCUCAAGUCUUGGUUAUUCAUUGUAGAUCCCGCUUUGGAAUCAGAAGGCGAGUACACGAGCAGAUGGGGUUGUGCUAUGGGAAUUAUCAUGUUGCGUGCAUUCAGGUUGUAUCGGGUUGUGCAAGCUCCAGUAUUUCUCCGCGGAUUUGCUUCUGAUAUAAGGCAUAUGAAAGACUCUGCCGAUGGAACUGUGAAUAACCUGAAGGAUUACAUGGACAUCCAUGCACCAACCGAGGUGGCGGCAAUUGAAGAGCUGAUAGAGAUGGUGUUGAGGCAGGAUGAGAAGCAUGGGGCGGUAAUAAAGGAGAGCCAGGUGAAGGAAUUCUUCUCACAACUGAAUCUGCCCAAUUGCUCCCACUAA